CUGUUGUUGGUGUUUCUAUGGCAACAGUCCUCUGUUACCUGGUGAAGGUGAGACACAGUCAAGGUAAACAACAGAACACUGACGCUGCAAGGAGAACAACAGAGAAAACAUGAAUAGCCUCUUCUCCAGGGAUGUACAGUUGAAGAGCAUGGAGCAAACUGUGAAAGAUGCUGAGAAGCACCUGGGUGAGAUCUGUUCCCUGCUGGCUUCAUACACCAGAAAGACAGCCAGGCUAAGAGAUAAAGCAGAUCUGCUGGUGGCUCAACUCUUAGACUUUUCCAGCACUGAGGAUCCUGAGUUCCAUAUUGGCCUGAAAAACCUGGCUGAGGAUCUUGCCAUGGUUCAGGACUACAGGCAGGCUCAGGUAGAGAGACUGGAGACAAGAGUUGUUGCUCCUCUAACAGCAUAUGGAGACAUAGUCAAAACUAAGCGGACAGAUCUUAAGAAGUUUAGCACUGACCUGAAAAAGGAGCUGAAGGAGUUGCAGAAACUGGAAAAUGUCAGACUGAGGAACCCUGCAGAUCGACAAAGCAUUUCUCAGGCUGAAGUUAAUGCCCAGAAGGCGUCCAACAACGCCCAGCGGAGCAUCAGGCAACUGGAGGAGACCAUGACAGACUUCCAGAGACAGAAGCUGGAGGAUAUCAAAAGGAUUUUCAUGGACUUCAUCACUGUGGAGAUGCUUUUCCAUGCUAAAGCGCUGGAGGUCUAUACACACACAUACCACAACCUGGAAGGAGUGAAUACUCAAAAGGAUCUAGAGCUGUUCAAUGGAAGGGUCAGGAUGUCUGACUCUCUGGCCGGGCAUCUGGACACCCAGCUGAGCAGUUACCCUUCUCCCCUCAUGAGCAGCUACGCCAGUCCUCCUCUGGCCUCUCCCACAGCCCAGAGCUUCAGGUCAACACUGGCCUCUACCACAGGUCAAAGCCUCAGACAACAACACAGCCAGCAUCCUGACACAGCCAGGAGGCCUCGGAGCACUUUGCAGCGCCAGCGAGGCAUGGAGGAGGAAGAGGAACUGGAUGAGGAAGAAGAGGAUGAAGACCAGGAAGAGGAUGAAGAAGAGGAGUAUGAAUCAGAGAUGGAUGAGGGUCAGAACACCAGCAGGCAGUCUUAUGCUGCUCAAUAUGCCCAGAUGCGCAGAUGGCAAAAGUAAAGCCUGUGCAUGGAAACACACACAGACAUACCAGCAAAGCUACAGCACUAUUACACAGAGCUGUUAUGUAGCGGCUUCCAAGCUGAAAUAGGUAUAAAUAGAUUGCUGUAGCUGUUUUCCAUCAUGUCUUUUCUUUAAUGCCAUUUAAAUUAAUUAUGCACCAUUUGAAUCAGGGUUUCCACCAAUAGAGUUGUGUGACUCCGUGGCACGUAGCUAGUAGGGUACUUUUGAUGAGAGCUAUGAGUGGCCAAGAAACCCAAGGCCGGGCUAAAGUUUUUUUUUUGUCAAGGUGGAACUAUAUAAGCUGCAGACUCUUCACCUCGAUAUUAUGCUGCCUGAAAAUACAGUCUGUUUUGCUUUGUUUCUUCCUUGACCUAUCUCAAAAUUACAACACAGAGUCUCAAGGUUACACAAAGCAUGGGUGAGAUUGUUAGGUAAUGUGAGCUAUCUGUAAUUAUUAGUAAUGGAUUCAUCUGUUGUUUAGUCUCUGAAUCAAACAAAUCAGCUGAAAAGAAGGCUUAAGAAGUAGCCACAAGACUUGAAGAAGUUAUUGAUACUCAUUAGGGCAAAACCAUGAUUUCUGUUAUCAUUCAAUAUUAAUUUAUAUUGUGCAUGGUUGGAUGGUUGGUUGAUUGGUUGGUUGGAUGGUUGGUUGGUUGGUUGGUUAGAUGGAUGGUAGGACAAAUAAAUGGUUGGAUAGUUGAUUGGUUUGAGGGUUUGAUUGAUAGAUGGUUGAAUGGACCAUACUCCCUCUAACUGCCGUCCAAGUAUUUGAAUGUAAAAAUGUGUGGCUGGAUGGAUGGCUAGCUGGA